CCCAUUCCUCUUCUUCUCUCUACAAAAUACAAAUACACUCUCUUGCCUAUCAGUACACUCUUCACAAGCACCAUCUUCCUUUCUCACCCCAGAAACGAGGAUAGAGAGAGAGAGAGAGAGACGAGAAAAAAAAAAGUCAUUUUUUCCCUUUUUUCUCUCUCAGAUCUCUGUAUAGCUCCAAUGGCAGAGCCAAGGAAGUACAUUUCCCAGGAAGAGCUCGGGAAGCACAAGAAGCCAGGAGAUCUCUGGAUCUCCAUCCAGGGAAAGAUCUACAAUGUCUCCGACUGGGCCCACACCCACCCCGGCGGCGAGCAUCCAUUGCUCAACCUCGCUGGCCAAGACGCCACCGAUGCCUUUGUCGCCUACCACCCCGGAAAAGCCUGGCAAUAUCUCGACCAGUUCUUCACCGGCUACUAUCUCAGAGACUACUCCGUCUCCGAGGCCUCCAAGGACUACAGAAAGCUCGUCCACGAGUUCUCCAAAAUGGGUCUCUUCGACAAGAAGGGGCACGUCACUUUCCUCACCUUCUGUUUGAUCGCAAUGUUGUUCGCUAUCAGCGUUUAUGGCGUGCUGUUUUCCGAAAGCGUUUGGGUUCAUUUGCUUUCCGGCGGGUUGAUGGGGUUUUUGUGGAUCCAGAGUGGGUGGAUUGGCCACGACUCGGGUCAUUACCAGGUCAUGACGAGCCGUGGAUUCAACCGGUUUGCGCAGAUCCUGACCGGAAACUGCCUCGCCGGAAUCAGCAUUGGGUGGUGGAAGUGGAACCACAAUGCGCACCACAUCGCUUGCAACAGCCUCGACUUCGACCCGGAUCUUCAGCACAUGCCUGUCUUCGUGGUAUCUUCGAAAUUCUUCGAUUCCCUCACGUCUUGUUUCUACGAAAGGAGGAUGAAUUUCGAUUCCUUCGCUAGGUUUCUUGUUAGUUACCAGCAUUUGACUUUUUACCCGGUGAUGUGUUUGGCUAGGAUUAAUCUAUUUGCUCAGUCGUUUGCUUUGUUGCUCUCUAAGAGAAAAGUGCCCAAUAGGGGUCAGGAGAUUCUAGGCAUUGUUAUGUUCUGGAUUUGGUAUCCUCUGCUUGUUUCUCGCUUGCCCAAUUGGAGCGAGAGGAUUAUGUUUGUUGUUGCCAGUUUCUCCGUUACCGGAAUUCAACAUAUCCAGUUCUGUUUGAACCAUUUUUCUUCACGUGUUUAUGUUGGCCCUCCGAGUGGAAACGACUGGUUUGAGAAGCAGACUCAUGGGACUCUUGAUAUAUCUUGUUCUUCUUGGAUGGAUUGGUUCCAUGGAGGCUUGCAGUUUCAGGUUGCGCACCACCUGUUUCCCAGAUUGCCCCGUUGCCAGCUCAGGAAAGUCUCUCCCUUUGUUAAGGAGCUCUGCAAAAAGCACAACUUGCCUUACAAUUGCGCGUCUUUCUGGAAGGCGAAUGCCAUGACGCUGAGCACGCUCAGGACUGCCGCUUUGCAGGCUCGUGAUCUUUCUAACCCGGUCCCGAGGAAUUUAGUCUGGGAAGCUGUUAAUACGCAUGGAUGAUCAGGAGGGAUUAUGUUAUUAAUCUUGUGAAACCAGCCUUCUGAGGUUUCGAUUUUCUUUGCCUAGGACCUUAAAAUGAUGUUCAAGUUGGUAUUUUGAUUGAUGUCUGAGGAAGGACAUCAGUGAUUUUCUUAAUGAAGAAAUAAUAAUCAUCUUUGCAAAUGCUUUGGAGGAUUCAACUGCUUAUUCUUCCUUCUUUAAGUUUGUCGAAUCGGCUUGUGUCCUUUUUUGUAAUAGGUGACGUACCAUUCAUACUGAUCGUCUUCAGAUCGGUAUAGCUUAUCCUUUCCUUUGUCUAAAAUUUGCCGCAUGUAAAGUACUGUAGUUCCCUUUUAGUUUGCUUUUGGAUGCUUCAAGUUCAAUCCUUUUAGGGGCUUUGGGCCUCCUCUCUUGAUAUUGUGUUUGGAAUUCGUUUUUGUUUGAGACUUGAGAUCAGCGGAAGUAAACCUUUCAUAGUUUCUGUUUAUUUGGAAUAUGGUUUUGCUUUAUCUGAUUUGUUGGAUUUGUUAGACCUAAUAUUUGUGUCAUAGAUAUCUCGUUUCUGCAU